AACUGACAGAGUAGGAGUCCGCAUGCACUGGACCUUUGGAGCGGGGCCUAUUUCUAAAAAUCGCCGGAGGAGGAGGUACUGCUGCAGAGUCGAAGCAGACAGUGCCGGAGUCUGACAGCGCUUCCAGGGGGACGUCCGGUGCAAUGGAUCUGAAGUUGUUCCUUUAUGUUGGCUCCUUCCUGUGCCUGAUGGGAUCUUUAUUCAUGACACCCCUGUUGGCACUACCUGCUUCACCAGACUAUUCACCAACAGCAGAUACAGUUCAACCCAGCAGCUCCACCACUCCACCACCAUUUUCCAUAUCAACAUCUACUCUACCAGCCAUUAGUGCCACAGAUCAACCCCCAGCAUCUACUCCACCACCUAGCAGCUACAGCAUUCAACCACCAGCUUCCACCCCAGCAGAAUCCAUUUCCCCACCCAAUGGCUCUACAGCUCCACCAACAGUCUCCAUUUCAACAGCAUCUACUCUACCAGUCAUCAGCGCCACAGCUCAACCCCUAGCAUCUACGGCAGAAUCUACUCCACCUAGCAGCUACGCCACUUCAAAACCAGUUUCCAUAUCACCAGAAUCUACUCGACCUCUCGGCAAAUAUACCACUCUACUCCCGGCCUCAAUUCUUGCAGCAGCUGUAUCUCCAACCAGCAGCUACACAGCUCCACCGCCAGAUCUCAUACCAACAUCUACUCUACCAUACAGCACCUACACUGCUGCACCACUGACUGCAUCUCCUCCAGCAUCCAGCAACUACUCCACUCCUCUGCCAGUUUCCAUGCCAACAGCAUAUACAGGAAGCUCAGGAAAUCCAGUGUUUCAGGAUUAUCUACCUUCAACUACAACCAGUUGCAGUUUAAAGCUUGGCAAUAAUACUCUACAGUUUGGUGAUGGGAUAAAAUUGCAACUGAUUCCUGGAGAGUGCAGCUUGGUCUUGGCAAAGCUAUGCAAUAAUAGUAUUACACAAGCUUUCUUUUCAGUAAACAUCAGAAACCAAGGAAAUGAACCUGCUACAAGCAUUGUAGUGGAAAUCUACGAGCAGCUCUUUUUUGUGCAGAUGAAUGGUGGAGAGAACAGUGUACAGGUCAAUGGUUUGGUGAUGGAUCUACCUGCCUACCUGAUCCCUCAAUCACUCAAUCUGAGCAGUAAUGGUUCUCUGAUGGUACUGAAGGCAGACUUUGGUGUGGUCAUACAGUGGGAUCAAGAUGGCCUUCUAGAAAUUUUGCUUCCUAUUGGUUACCAAGAUAACCUAUGUGGUGGAUUGUGUUUGCACCAGAAUGCAACCAGUAAAGAUGUGGAGAUGUCGUAUGAACUGCCCCAAGUCCCAAGCCAAUGCUAUGUAGCAGCAGCUGGGAAUGUGGUCUGUAGCAUGGAUAAAAGUAGAAGGUUCAACAUCUGCAGAAUCUUCUUGGGUGGUGAUAGCCCAUUUCAGAAAUGCCUCAAUGUAGUCAACCCUGAUGAUUACUUUGCUUCAUGCCAGAGUCAUCUCUGUGGCAGCAGUGAAGAUGCCGGUUUGACUUGCAGGGAUCUUCAAGACUACGCAGCUGUGUGUCAAUCCCUUGGCAUCGCCAUUAAGCCUUGGCGGGAUGCAGCCUUCUGCCCAUUCCCGUGUCCUCAAGGAGGAGAGUACAGACUUUGCAUAGACCCAUGUAGUGACUGCAGGAAGCUCGACUGUUCUGGAAACUGCACGGAAGGCUGUCGCUGUAUGGAUGGAUUCAUGUGGGAUGGAAUAGACUGUGUCCCUACAAACAUGUGCAUGGCAUAUGGAAAUAGCAGCCAGAUGCAGAUGAACACGACUGUCCCAAUCCAGACAAAAUACCUCAGCUGUGACCCUAACACGGAAUCCCAGCGCAAGUGCCUCCUCUGUACUGUAAAUGAUUCAAACAUCACAACAUUUGGUGACUUUUCAAGUGGUCUGGCAGGAAAUGGUGCGUACGACCUACUGAGGAAGUGUGACCCAUCUCAGACGCAGUGGCUGAGGAUUGUCCUGCUCCUGAAUCCACCUGUGCCAGGCAGACUCCACAUAUUCUUUGAGCAGAGCUUUAUCACCAUUAAUUCUGUCCUGGACGUUUGGGUAAAUGGUAACAUGAUGGAUCUACCCAUUACCUUGGCUUCAGACCUGUUCAUUUCCAGAUGGAUGGAUGUAGUUUCCAUUGGCCAACCAGGGAAGAUGGACCUUACAUUCAACUCCUCAGGAGAAUUUACCAUUGAGGUUGCAGAGUCCUUCUCUAUGGAGUAUUGUGGAGCCUGUGCUUUCAGGAACAUCUCGGCCUACUCAAUGUAUUACUGGAGAGCAGAGGACUUGUCCUAUUGGUAAUUGGGUUAUUUGUUGCUGCGACACUGGGUUUUUUGUUUUGUUUUUUUAUGCUAUGCAGAUGUCUCAUCUUUUAUGCUACAGUUAAUGUUAUGAUUUGUCAUUGGAGAAGGAAGUGUUGGCACUGCUGCACCUCAUCUGCUAAUGAAUAAAAGACUUUACAUAAA